GCCUACACUCAGGGGAAAUCACAACACUUGACUCAUCAUCGCCUGCCUCACACAGCCUCUCACUGACAGGCGUCUCAGGGAAUAGAAACACUUGUGGAGGACAUGACCAAAGAGACUGAGACUCUGGGAGUGGUCUUUCAGAGUGAAAUCUUCAACUAUAACCGUUACAACAACUACACCAUGGACAGUAUGGACUCUUGGCCUUACAUGAACAGUCCAGUGCUGGAGCAGAACCACUCCAAACCCAGACUCCAACCAGGAGAUGACAUUGCAGCAAUCACAAUGCUCUACGAACAGUGCAAGAGCCAGAAAGAGCAAAAAAUGACUGCCAACCGCCACAGUGUCUGCAAAUCCAGUGAAAGAACACCAGCCAACAAAACUGGGCUUGAUACAUCUUCCACCAUGUUGAAAAUGUUGCCAGACUCCAUUCCCUCCAGUUACCCUCAGGACAUACUGUGUUCCAAACCCGUGUCCACGCCUGUCCCCUCGGAUAACUACACCACGCUGACCAGUGUCAUGGCUGAGACGUAUGACAAACAUGAGCUCAACAACAUCUUUGACUCACUGCUGCAGAGGUGGCCGGAAAGUGGGGCCUUCCCUGACCCCAGCCCUGAGCCUCUUCCCUACUCUGAUCCAUUCCCAGAGGAGCAGUCCAGCCCGGUCUACUCUGGCUCCUACAUUGGCUCUCCACAGGAACAUUUCAGAAGCGACUUCCAGUUCUCGCUAGGGGCACCUGCAGCCACGCCAUACAAACCCAGUGAGCUCCCCAUGGUCUACCUGAAUAAGGGCCAGUUCUAUCCCAUCACGCUGCAUGGUGUCGACCGCUCUUCAGGAAUCACAGCCACCAAAGUCAAGACUGUGGUGAUGGCCGUCUUUGAAAACGACAAAACACCAGACAUGCAACUGAGAUUCUGGAAUCACUGGCAUGCGCGCCAGCCCACCAUCAGACAGAGGGUUAUUGAUAUAGCGGAUUACAAAGAGGUUUUCAACAGCAUUAGCAACGUUGAAGAGGUGGCCUUCAAUGCUCUCUCCUUCGUGUGGAACCCCAGUGAAGAAGCCAAGGUGUAUAUAGGCAUCAACUCCCUCAGUACGGACUUCUCUUCCCAAAAGGGUGUCAAAGGCCAGCCGCUGAAUCUGCAGAUUGACACGUAUGACUUCAGCUCAGGGACCAACCGCCUAAUCCACCGGGCGGCUUGUCAAGUCAAAAUCUUCUGUGAUAAGGCAGCAGAAAGAAAGAUGAGAGAUGAGGAACGGAAGAGGUCCAAGAGGAGGGGCAAGAGUGUUGAUACUAAUGCAAACAAGGCCCCAAUGAGCAGCUCUAGUGACUGCACGUUCUUCCAGAGCAUUGAUGAUCAUGCCACAGUUCCGGUUCUCUUCAUCCCAGAGACUCACCUCUCCAGCAUGCGUGUAUCUGCCACUCCUUUGGAUGAAAGCGAAAGGGGAACUCUUAAGAGGCUGUAUGCAGAGAAAGAAGAGAGCAGCUCUCCUCCAGGCAAGAUUUCCAGGCAGGAAGACCCACAAAGAGUUCUUCUCUAUGUAAGAACCAAUGCUGAAGAGAUUUUUGACGCACUCAUGCUGAGUACUCCAACCCUUGCUGGUCUUAAAGAAGCUCUUUCACAAAAGUACAACAUGCAAGCAGACACCAUUGGGAAAAUCUUCAAGAAGUGCAAACGGGGGAUUUUUGUCAACAUGGACGACACCAUCGUGGAACACUACACCAACCAAUCGGCCUUCCUCAUCGAAAUGUCCGAGGCGGCCGGGCAGAUUCAGAUGACUCUGGUGGAAGUAUGAAAAGCAUGCCUGAUUUCCCAUUGGUCGCCAUGAAGAACUGAACAAUCCCAGCUGCCAUGUGUAAUAGCACUGUCCCAUUAAAGACUCUUGAAGCUGUGAACACAUGUGAAACUGGUCAUGCCCCUCAGUCCAGCAUUUGUUUACAGUUUCAGUUUUAGAGAUUUUGUAAAUACUCUGCAAUUGCUCAAAAUAUUAAAGCAAUUUCAAAGAUCUAUGCCAUGUAUUUAUGUAAAUAGAUUUAAUAUCAUAGUGUUAUAUGAGAAUUCAUUAUCCAACUAUUUGUAUUGGAUAAUGUAUUUCAUUUUAUUAUUAUUAUUAUUAUUAUCUUUUUUUUUUUUUUUACAUUGUUAUAUUUUCAGGCUAUUCUUGCUGCUGUUUAAUGUAAUUAUCAUUUCUCCAAUUAAGAUCCAGUUGUGUCUUUCAACCAAACAGAGGAAGGAUCCAACGUCAACCUGAUCUUUUACUGGUUCCUGUUAUUUUCAUGACUAAAUACAAUUGUCACACAUUUCUCCCCAAAUCAUCCAAUCAGAGGACAUUUCUUUACCAUACGGUGUAACCACAACUAUAGGUCAUCUGCGAAUUUCCAUCAAAAUGUACCCAUGUGUGUUCAAUGUUAUUGUUCUAUGCAUCAUUUCAAAGCAUAUCCCUGUUAUUUCACCAUGCAUUGUUUGUUGUGUAAGUCAUAUCUUGCCUCUUUUAU